AUGUAUUACUAUUUGGCUGCAAUAGUUGCAGUUAUUAGCUACUUUUUGUACAAAUGCUAUUUUUAUCCUUUAUAUUUAUCACCAUUGCGUAAAGUUCCUGGCCCACCUGUUGAUAAUUUAAUUCUUGGACAUUAUGCCUCCUUCUUAAAUAAAGGUUUCGGUGAAGCUAUUAUUCACUUAAUAAAACAAUAUGGUGUGAUAGUUAAAUAUCAUGCUAUGUUUAAUAAACCAUAUCUUUUAAUUUCCGAUCAAAAGCUUAUCCAACAAAUACUAGUAAAUCGUUCGUAUGAUUAUCCAAAGUUCUUCUUAAAUAAAGCUAGAGCCGAGGAACUUAUAGGUCAAGGUAUUGUAAUUGCUGAAGGUGAUGAUCAUAAACGACAAAGAAAAAUGAUGGCACCUUCAUUUUCUUUUACUAAUGUCAAGGAAAUGGUUCCAACAUUUAUUCAAACUAGUUUUAAAUUAAGAGACAUCUGGAUUGAAGAAAUUGGUAACAAGAAAGAGGAGAGAAUUUCAAUUACAGAAAUGAUUCCAAAGAUAACUUUAGAUAUUAUUGGAUUUUGUGGGUUUUAUUAUGAAUUCAAUUCUACAACUUCAAAUUCCGAAUUAGCCCGUGCAUACCAUUCACUAUUUAGUCAAAAUCCUUCACCUUUAUACAUGGCUCUCGUCGAAAUCUUUCCAAUUAUCAGAAAACUUCCAACUGCUUAUAAUAACCAAUAUUAUGAUGCAUGUAAAACUAUCUUUAACAUUUCUGAGAGAUUAGUUGCUGAAGGAAAAGAUAGCCCUGUUCAAGGAACAGAUUUAUUAUCAUUAUUGGUAAAAAAAAAUGAAUGUUUGCCCGUUGAUGAACAAUUAACACAUGAAGAAUUAGUUAGCCAGGUUAUGACAUUACUCAUGGCUGGACAUGAAACAACUAGUAAUUCACUAUCUUGGGCACUAUACUUUCUCGCAAAAAAUCCUGAUGCUCAAGAUCGACUUCGUAAAGAGUUACUUGAUGUAUUAACUCAUCGUGAUUAUUAUCCAACUAUUGAUGAGAUUGAUCCUUUGAAAUAUUUAGAUUGUGUCCUUAAAGAAACCUUAAGGAUUGUUCCACCUGUGCCCGUACUCAUUCGUUAUAAUUCAAAAAAUGAAAUACUGAAUGAUUACUUUAUUCCAAAGGAAACACCAAUAAUGAUCCCUAUCUACGCAAUCAACCAUGAUCCCCUAAUUUGGGGUGAUGACGCUGAAGAAUUUAAACCAUCUCGGUGGCUUGAUCCAGAUAUAAAAACAAAAGUAACAAGUAGUAAUUACUUAUCUUUUGGUGCAGGACCGAGAAAUUGUUUAGGAAUGAAAAUGGCACAAUUAGAGUUUAAAUCUUUGUUAUCUGUGCUUAUUAGAAAUUUUGAAUUUAAGUUAGUUGAAGGUUUUAAUGUUACAAUGAAACUUACUGGUUUUUCUAAACCUGUUCCUGGAAUUGAUUUAUGGGUUUCAAAACUGGAUUAUUAA